AUGGACCGUCUUCCUUCUAAACUCCCAUUCUCCAAGCGCCGAUUACGGGCGCGGGUGGUGAUCUCCUAUAUCCUUGACUAUGUGAUACUCAUCGCCUGUAUUGUCGGUUUCUACAUCCUCGACUCCAUCGAGCCGUACCACCAGCAUUUCUCCCUCCGAAACAUUUCCCUCCAAUAUCCCUAUGCCGUACACGAACGGAUCCCGAUUGCGAUGGCCCUUCUGAUCUCCGGCGUGGCCCCCCUCACUAUCAUCGUGGUUUACACUCUCUUCAUCGACGGGCUGUUUUCGCAUCACAAACCACUGGACCCGGUGUCCGGCAAGAGAAGGUUCACUGGGCCGUACCGGUUCAAGGACAGGCUUUGGGAGCUUAACUGCGGUGUCUUGGGCCUUUUGCUCUCGCAAGGUCUUGCCUUUGUCAUUACUCAAGUCCUGAAGAAUGCUUGCGGGAAGCCUCGGCCGGAUCUCAUUGACCGGUGCCAGCCCCGCCCCGAUAGCCAGGAUCUUCUUCCUUGGGGGUUAUCGAAUUCUACGAUUUGCACGGGCGAUCCGGCUUUGAUUAAGGAUGGGUUUCGUUCGUGGCCUUCGGGUCAUAGUAGCUCGUCCUUUGCCGGAUUAUUCUAUUUAGCCCUUUGGAUGAGCGGUAAGCUGCAUGUUAUGGACAAUAAAGGCGAAGUCUGGAAGACACUUCUUGUCAUGGUCCCGUGCCUUGCAGCGACCCUGAUUGCAGUGACCCGUAUUAUGGACGCGCGGCACCACCCAUUUGAUGUGAUUACUGGUUCACUGUUGGGUAUACUCUGCGCCAUAAUUUCCUACCGCCAGUACUUCCCCUCGAUUUCUGAGCCCUGGAAGAAGGGACGGGCCUAUCCAAUCCGAUCUUGGGGUACUGAACCCGUGAACCCGCUCGCGCGUUAUGAUGGCGCUAGCGAAAGCACAGAAGCGCUUCGCAAUCCAGCGCAGGAUCGGAGGACUCAAUCCGAAGUACCUGGGCAUCCCGACCUCGUUGAGCCUCAACCCCAAGCAUAUCAAGCAGCGCCUAAUCCAUACGCCACCAACGUGUAUGGCCGUCACACACACGACGAUGGUGCCUGGUCAUCGUCAAGCGAAGAAGACGUUGCAAACGGAUACGAAAUGCAACCUGGAUAUUCCCAGACACAUAACCCUGCAUAUGCCGGACAGCUCCCGCAGUAUGAAUCCGGAAUGGCAUAUCAAUCGCAAACCCAACCGAUAAUGCCGGUACCUGGGGCAGGACCCGUACAUACGCUACAUACUACCACGGCUACAGAGGGCGUCAGACCACGAACACUGACCCCGCCUCAGGAAGCAUGA